UUCUGGUGGGCGGCUCCGGUGACCUUAUCAUGGGCCGGCCUGCCAAGCAGCCCAAAGAAAAGCGCCGUCCAACUGGUGGCACCAUGGCGAUAUUUGGACACGCCUUCAAGUCUGCAGGGUCUGAUGUGGCGUCGACGAGGGGGUUUGGCCCCAAGAUGAGCAAAGCGGCCAAGUACUCCUACCUGAUUGGAAAAGAGAUUGUGGGCCUGGUGCAAGUCAUCCCAUACGGAUUACAUGCGGCUCUAACCCACGGUUUUCUCCCCUUGGGCAAGGGAUUACAGCAGGACUUGGUGGGGGGGUUAGGCCAGCUCGGACAAGGGGUUGGGUUAUCUGAUACGGACGAGCUCAAGGCUAGCAACGACGUCGGAAUGAGGUCGGCAGAGGAAGAAGAGACCCUUAGAGGGGACAGCAGUGAUGAGAUUGGCAGCGCGGUUGAUCUGAAUCCCAGGAACAGUGCACUGCAGGAAAGAAGGGGGGAUGAAGCUUCUGUGGGGCUACAUUCAAGUGUUAAAGUAAGAGGGGCCAAGGGCAGGGCAGCUGGCUGGUUCCCCUGGAAGUCUGCAUACUCAGCAAACGUGGUCAAGGACUUGCCCUAUGGUGACAAGGAAAGAGAGAAAUUGGAUAUCUUCACGCCCUCAAUCAUGGACCAGAAUAGGAGGUCAGCGAGCAAUCAAAAGUGGCCGGUGGUCUUGUUUGUCCACGGUGGGGUCUGGAGCUCCGGGGAGAAGUGGCAGUACUCGCCCCUUGGAGCCAGGCUGGCCCAUGAGGGGUGUGUCGCAGCUGUGAUUUCAUAUAGCCUCUUCCCAGACGUGCUUGCAACGGAACAGUCCGAGCAGGUGUCCAGUGCGCUUGAUUGGGUCUUCCAGAACAUCGGCCACUUUGGCGGCGAUCCAAACAGGGUCACUUUGGCAGGGCACUCCUCAGGCGCGCAUAUCUGCUCCUUGGCCCUCUACCAUCGAGCAAAGCGGCUGCUAGCAUCCCGUGCGAGCCCGCGUAUGUCCACCGACGUCAGCGUGCGCCAGCCGCGCACCUUUGCCGGGCUGGCCGGGGUCUACGACAUCGCCGAACACCUCAAGUUCGAGCAGUGGCGCGGAGUAGCUCUGCUUUCUUGCAUGACGCCCGCAAACGGCGGGCCGGAGGGUUUCCCGGACGUUUCCACGGUGCGAUUGUUCGAGUCUCUUGGGGCGGAAGUGGGGAAGAGUGAACGCAAGGAGGAUGGCUUUGAGGGGGAACCCUUCUUGGGCGAGACGUCGGAAGCCAACCGAGUCGUUCUGGGGAUGGCUGAAGGGGGGCAAACGGCGAGAAGUCGGCCUUGGAAAGAGUGGCCAUUCAGCACGGUGGUGAAUUCCGCUUUGCUCGCAGGGGGUCGGCUCGGAAGCAGUGGCGAGAUAGCGGAACGGAAAGAAGACGAGAACGGUCCGGAAUCGAACAGCCACAACACUGUGUCGGAGCGAGGGACGACCGACGUGGAGGGAUUGAACCGGGGUGGCGAAGCGACUGUGCGUGUAGAAGACUUGCUGCCCCGUGUGUUGCUGCAGAGCAGCCCGGGGGACACCACCGUGCCCAUUGACACCACCGUCGCUUUUGCCAGGUGUCUCGACGCCAUCGGCUGCAGGGUGAAGAAUCUGGUGUACGAUAGUCUGGCCCAUCCGGACUUCAUCAUCUGGCCACGGAGGUUUGACGGGGAGGAAGCUCUGGGGCCUCACAUCCGGGACCUCUUGCGGGUGGUCAAAGGUAUGUGAUUCCGAUUCGGCCAUUGGAACGCAAUUAGAUGUACGACACCAAAAAUCUCAGCAUCGCGAGCGUCCUUGAUAACAGAAGUCGCCAACGU